AUGAUUUCCACUUUAGCCACGUUCCCGCCGUUUCUCCAUAAAGAUAUCAUAGAGUACCUCAGCACAUCUUUCUUGCCCAUGGCUAUACUGGGCUCCUCAAGAAGAGAAGGGGUUCCAGCUCAUGUUAAUCUGUCUGCUUCUUCAAUGCUAAUGAUUGCAAUGCAGUAUACAUCCAAUCCUGUGUAUCACUGUCAGUUACUGGAAUGCCUUAUGAAGUACAAACAAGAAGUGUGGAAAGAUUUGCUGUACGUAAUUGCAUAUGGCCCCUCUCAAGUAAAACCUCCUGCGGUACAAAUGCUUUUCCACUACUGGCCCAACCUAAAACCUCCAGGGGCAAUAAGUGAAUACCGAGGCCUACAGUACACAGCAUGGAAUCCCAUACACUGUCAGCACAUUGAAUGCCAUAAUGCCAUUAACAAGCCAGCAGUGAAGAUGUGCAUAGAUCCUUCCUUGUCUGUGGCUUUGGGUGAUAAACCACCCCCUCUCUACCUUUGUGAAGAAUGCAGCCAGAGGAUUGCAGGGGAUCACAGUGAAUGGUUGAUUGAUGUUCUAUUGCCACAAGCUGAAAUUUCUGCUAUAUGUCAAAAGAAGAACUGUAGCUCGCAUGUGAGGAGGGCCGUUGUUACUUGCUUCUCGGCUGGCUGCUGUGGUCGCCAUGGGAACAGGCCAGUGCGCUAUUGUAAACGAUGCCACUCAAACCAUCAUAGCAGCGAAGUUGGGGCAACUGCUGAGACUCACCUCUAUCAGACGUCACCUCCCCCCAUUAACACUCGGGAGUGUGGGGCUGAGGAGCUUGUUUGUACUGUGGAAGCUGUCAUCAGCUUGUUGAAAGAGGCGGAGUUCCAUGCGGAACAGAGAGAGUAUGAACUCAACCGCAGGAGGCAACUGGGCCUCUCCUCUUCACAUCAUUCAUUGGACAACACUGACUUUGAUAACAAAGACGAUGACAAGCAUGACCAGCGCCUCCUGAGCCAGUUUGGAAUUUGGUUCUUGGUAAGCCUCUGCACUCCUAGUGAGAACACUCCCACAGAGAGCUUGGCCCGGCUUGUCAGCAUGGUCUUUCAGUGGUUCCAUUCUACAGCAUACAUGAUGGACGAUGAAGUUGGUAGCCUGGUGGAGAAGCUCAAGCCCCAGUUUGUCACCAAGUGGCUGAAGACAGUGUGUGACGUUCGGUUUGAUGUCAUGGUGAUGUGCCUCCUUCCUAAACCGAUGGAAUUUGCAAGGGUGGGUGGAUACUGGGACAAGUCCUGUAGCACCGUGACACAGUUAAAGGAAGGCCUGAAUCGAAUUCUGUGCUUGAUUCCGUAUAAUGUAAUAAACCAACCUGUGUGGGAUUGCAUCAUGCCAGAAUGGCUAGAAGCCAUCAGGACUGAAGUUCCAGACAAUCAGCUGAAGGAGUUCAGGGAAGUCUUAAGCAAAAUGUUUGACAUCGAGUUGUGCCCACUUCCCUUUUCCAUGGAGGAGAUGUUUGGCUUCAUAAGUUGUCGGUUCACAGGGUAUCCUUCUUCUGUGCAAGAGCAAGCUUUACUCUGGCUCCAUGUGUUAUCUGAAUUAGACAUUGUGGUUCCUCUUCAGUUGCUGAUCAGCAUGUUUUCGGAUGGGGUUAAUUCUGUGAAAGAGCUGGCAAAUCAGAGGAAGUCAAGAGUCAGUGAACUAACUGGGAACCUUGCAGCUCGAAGGGUGAGCAUUGCCUCUGAUCCUGGACGCAGGGUUCAGCAUAAUACUCUGAGUCCAUUCCCAAGUCCGUUUCAGAGUCCAUUCCGCAGUUCCAUGCGCAGUCCCUUCCGCAGCCCAUUCAAAAACUUUGGGCACCCUGGAGGAGGAGGAGGAGGAAGAACAAUUGACUUUGACUGUGAUGAUGAUGAGAUGAAUUUGAAUUGUUUCAUCCUGAUGUUUGACCUCAUCCUGAAGCAGAUGGAAUUGCAAGAUGAUGGCAUUACCUUGGGCUUAGAAAACAACAUCUCUAAAGACAUAAUUUCUAUCAUAUGCAAUGUGUUCCAAGCCCCCUGGGGUGGCUCUCACACUUGCCAGAAAGAUGAAAAGGCAACUGAAUGUAACCUGUGCCAGUCUAGUAUCCUGUGCUAUCAGUUGGCUUGUGAACUGCUGGAGAGACUAGCCCCUAAAGAAGAAAUCCGGCUAGUGGAACCUACAGAUAACCUUGAGGACAGUCUUUUAUACAGUAGACCUGAGUUCAUUAUAGGAACUGAAGGGGAAGAGGAGAAAAAACCAGCACCAAAGCAUGGAGAAAACCCAGGGAACCAUACAGAGACAACAGGAAAUACAGCCAUAAAAAACGACACCGAGAGGAAAUUCUGUUAUCAGCAGCUCCCGGUGACGCUAAAGCUCAUAUACACAAUAUUGCAGGAAAUGGCUCGGUUUGAAGAGCCAGAUAUCCUUUUUAACAUGUUGAACUGCUUAAAGAUUCUCUGUCUUCAUGGGGAGUGCUUAUACAUCGCAAGAAAGGAUCAUCCCCUGUUCUUAGCCUAUAUUCAGGAUCACAUGCUGAUUGCCAGCUUAUGGCGAGUUGUCAAAUCCAAAUUCUCCCAGCUUUCUUCGUUAGCAGUGCCUCUCCUUCUUCAUGCUCUGUCCCUUCCGCAUGGAGCGGACAUAUUCUGGACCAUCAUCAACAGCAACUUCAACAGCAAGGAAUGGAAGAUAAGGUUUGAAGCAGUGGAGAAAGUAGCUGUGAUGUGUCGGUUCCUGGAUAUUCACUCGGUGACCAAAAACCACUUGCUGAAAUACUCCCUGGCUCAUGCCUUCUGCUGUUUCCUGACUGCUGUGGAAGAUGUCAACCCUGCAGUUGCCACCAGGGCAGGACUACUGUUAGACACCAUCAAAAGACCAGCUUUGCAGGGCCUGUGCCUUUGCUUGGAUUUCCAGUUUGAUACGGUAGUGAAGGACAGGCCCACAAUCCUUAGCAAGCUUUUGCUGCUUCAUUUUCUCAAGCAAGACAUUCCAGCAUUGAGCUGGGAAUUCUUUGUGAACCGGUUUGAGACGCUUUCGCUUGAGGCACAGCUUCACCUGGAUUGCAACAAAGAAUUCCCCUUCCCAACAACAAUCACGGCUGUCCGGACAAAUGUUGCAAAUCUGAGUGAUACAGCCAUGUGGAAGAUCAAGAGGGCUCGUUUUGCCCGCAAUCGGCAGAAGAGUGUCCGCUCUUUGAGAGACAGCGUGAAGGGCCCUGUGGAAUCCAAGAGAGCACUUUCUCUUCCAGAAACCUUGACCAGCAAGAUCCGGCAACCUUCACCGGAAAAUAACAACACCAUAAAGGAUGUUCUCCCAGAAGAUGCUGGCAUUGACCAUCAGACAGUCCAUCAACUAAUUACUGUGCUGAUGAAAUUUAUGGCGAAAGAUGAGAGCAGCGCAGAGUCGGACAUCAGCAGUGCGAAAGCCUUCAACACAGUCAAGCGCCACUUGUAUGUCUUGCUGGCCUAUGAUCAACAGGAAGGUUGCUUCAUGAUCGCGCCUCAAAAAAUGCGCGUUUCAACUUGUUUUAAUGCCUUUAUUGCGGGGAUUGCCCAAGUGAUGGACUACAACAUCAACCUCGGCAAGCACCUCCUCCCCUUGGUGGCCCAGGUGCUCAAGUACUGCACAUGCCCACAGCUGAGGCACUACUUCCAGCAACCUCCCCGCUGCUCCCUCUGGCCCCUUAAGCCUCAUAUUCGGCAGAUGUGGCUCAAGGCACUGCUUGUCAUCCUCUACAAGUAUCCAUACAGGGACUGCGACAUCAGCAAAACUGUUUUGCAUCUCAUCCACAUAACUGUCAACACGCUUAAUGCACAGUAUCACAGCUGCAAGCCUCACGCCUCAACGGGCCCUUUAUACAGCGACAACAGCAAUGUUAGCAGAUAUAGUGAGAAGGAAAAAGGUGAGAUAGAACUGGCUGAAUACAGAGAAACAGGCGUACUGCAAGACAACAUCCUGCGCUGUGUGAGAGAGGAAAGCAUUCAGAAAAAGAAACUGCGCUCUCUGAAACAAAAAUCUCUCGACAUAGGAAAUGCAGACUCCCUGCUGUUUACAUUAGAUGAACACCGCAGGAAGUCAUGCAUAGACCGCUGCGACUUAGAGAAGCCACCCGCCAUUUCCGUUUAUACCGCGUCAAGGCAGAAUGGGCGAUCUCGGCAAAAUUCCUUCACUAUGACUGAAGAUGCAGAAACAGGGGAGAACGAAACCCCUCCUGCCGUCCCAGCCAAAAUCCCAGCAAGGCGGAGACCCAUCAUUCCAGAAGUCAGGCUGAACUGCAUGGAGCCAUAUGAAGUGAUGGUGGAUUCUCCAAUCAAAGCUUCUCCUCCAAAAGAGGAUUUGGACCUUAUAGACCUGUCCUCUGAUUCAACAUCAGGGCCUGAAAAGCAGUCAAUUAUUUCCAAUUCAGACAGUGACUCCUUGGUCUUUGAACCUCUCCCUCCUCUCAGGAUAGUGGAAAGUGAUGAAGAAGAAGCUGAUUUCAUAGGUCAGGUGACCGUUGGUGUCUCCAGCAAGAUGGCCACUUCCACUCCUUCAAGCCCCACCAGUAUCUCUUUGCUCAGCUUCAGCAUAACCCCUGUGGUGCAGUUCAGCAUUGAGGACUGCUCCAGAAGCUUAACCCCUACUGAGGCAAGCACUAUUGUGUCAUUUGCACAAGAGGAAACCCCUUUGGUGGUGCCUGACAGUCCAAGAGAUGUUGAAGAGUUAGCCAAGCCCGAAGAAGUUCGUGAAGUGACUUGUGGCAGCCCGUUGCUGACGCUAAAACAGAAGCGAGAUUUGCUGCAGAAGUCGUCUGCUCUUCCAGAGAUGUCCAUUGAUGAGAGCUUUGACUUUUGUGUUGAUGAAAUUAAACUUGGUGGACCUUUUCCCAGUUCAAGUGGGAAAACUGUCCUCAUUAAGGUCCCAGAGGACUCUGAGAACCAAAGUGAAAGUGAGAAACCCGAUACCAAUGUGGAAUCGGAUACUGAACAAAGUGUGGAACAAAAACCAGAAGAAGAAGAAGCAGAAGCAGAAGAGUCUGAAUUUAAGAUUCAAAUUGUACCAAGGCAGAGAAAGCAGAGGAAGAUUGCAGUGAGCGCCAUCCAGAGAGAAUACCUUGACAUUUCCUUCAACAUCUUGGACAAACUGGGGGAGCAGAAAGACACAGAUGAUUCAGCUAAAGUACUUUCAACUCUGGAAAUGCCAAGGGAAUCAUCUUCUGCACCGACCCUCGAAGCUGGCGUCCCAGAGACAAGUAGCCACUCUUCCAUGUCGACUCAGUUCCGACAAAUGAAAAGGGGCUCUCUGGGAGCUUUGACUAUGAACCAGCUAAUGAAGAGACAACUGGAACACCAGUGUAGUGCUCCCCAUAAUAUCAGCACUUGGGAUGCAGAACAGAUACAGCAUGGGAAGAGGCCGUGCAAUGUCUCAGUUUGCCUAAACCCUGACUUGGAGGGACCACCACUAAGAAUAAGAGGGGCUACGAAAUCCAGCUUGCUCUCAGCACCCAGUAUAGUCAGCAUGUUUGUACCAGCACCAGAAGAUUUUGCUGAUGACCAGCCCACAGUGAUGGCGGACAAGUGUCAUGACUGUGGAGCCAUCCUGGAAGAGUAUGAUGAAGAAACUUUAGGUCUGGCCAUAGUGGUUCUCUCCACAUUUAUUCACCUCAGCCCAGAUCUGGCUGCUCCGUUGUUGCUGGAUAUCAUGCAGUCAGUAGGGAGGUUGGCUUCGAGCACCAAUUUUUCUAAUCAAGCAGAAAGCAUGAUGAUCCCAGGGAACGCUUCGGGUGUGGCCAAGCAGUUUCUCCGCUGCAUUUUCCACCAGCUGGCUCCCAAUGGGAUACUUCCCCAGCUGUUUCAGAGCAACAUCAAAGAUGGAAGUUUUUUACGGACCCUGGCCACGUCUCUUAUGGAUUUCAGUGAGCUGAGCUCCAUAGCUGCACUGAGCCAGCUAUUAGAGGGUUUAAACACCAAAAAGAAUUUACCAGCAGGGGGCGCAAUGCUACGCUGCUUGGAAAACAUCGCCACAUUUAUGGAAGCUUUACCCAUGGAUUCCCCCAGCAACCUCUGGACCACAAUCAGCAACCAGUUCCAGACCUUCUUUACAAAGCUGCCUUCUGUUUUACCCCUUAAGUGUUCUUUAGAUUCUGGUUUAAGGAUAAUGAUCUGUCUGCUGAAGAUACCUACCAGCAGUGCUGCCAGGAGUCUGCUGGAGCCGUUUUCAAAACUGCUUAGUUUUGUCAUCCAGAAUGCUGUCUUCACCCUAGCCUACUUGGUAGAACUGUGUGGCUUAUGUCACAGGGCUUUCACAAAGGAAAGGGAUAAGUUCUAUUUAUCCCGCAGUGUCAUCGUAGAAUUAUUGCAAGCUCUGAAAUUAAAGUCACCUUUGCCAGAUACGAACUUGCUGUUGUUGGUCCAGUUUGUUUGUGCAGAUGCUGGAACAAAACUAGCAGAGUCAACGAUCUUGCCCAAACAGAUGAUUGCUUCUGUGCCUGGAUGUGGGACAGCAGCAAUGGAGUGCAUGAGGCAGUAUAUUGGGGAAAUACUGGAUUUUAUUGCCGAUAUGCACACCUUGACUAAAUUAAAGAGUCACAUGAAGACAUGUUCCCAACCACUCCAUGAAGACACUUUUGGUGGACAUCUCAAAGUUGGUUUAGCUCAAAUUGCUGCAAUGGAGAUCUCGCGGGGCAACCACAGGGAUAACAAGGCUGUAGUUCGCUAUCUACCUUGGCUAUAUCACCCGCCAUCUGCAAUGCAACAGGGGCCCAAAGAAUUCAUUGAAUGCGUAACUCACAUCCGCUUGCUCUCCUGGCUUCUUCUGGGGUCGCUGACACAUAAUGUCGUCUGUCCAAAUUCCCCUUUGGUUUGUAUGCCCAUUCCACUGGACGCCGGCUCUCAUGUUGCUGAUCACUUAAUCGUAAUCCUGAUUGGGUUUCCAGAGCAGUCCAAGACAUCCGUCUUGCACAUGUGUUCCCUCUUCCAUGCCUUUAUAUUUGCCCAGCUGUGGACUGUAUAUUGUGAACAAGCUGCAGUGGCUCCGACUGUCCAAAAUCAGAAUGAAUUUAGCUUCACGGCAAUCCUUACAGCCCUGGAAUUUUGGAGCCGAGUGACGCCGAGCAUCCUGCAGCUGAUGGCACAUAACAAGGUGAUGGUAGAGAUGGUGUGUCUCCAUGUGAUCAGCUUAAUAGAGGCUUUACAGGAAUGCAAUUCAACUAUUUUUGUUAAGCUGAUUCCGAUGUGGCUACCAAUGAUUCAGUCAAAUCUAAAGCAUUUAUCCGCUGGGCUCCAGCUUCGCCUGCAAGCUAUUCAAAACAACGUGAACCACCAUAGCCUUAGAAUGUUACAGGGGUCCGGCCAAACGAGCACGAUUGCCUCCGUCCUCCGCAAAUGGCUGCAGUGCACCCGGUUUAAGAUGGCUCAAGUGGAAAUCCAGUCGUCUGAAGCAGCCUCUCAGUUUUAUCCUUUAUGAAUGCUGCGGAAUACGCUGGAAGCUUCAGUUUAGUCUAGCAAUAACAGGGCUCAAGCUAAAAGAUAAAAUGCCAUUUUUUAAAACAAAAAUUAUAUAAGUACUGUAGCUACACUUUUUAGUCUCUUUGAUUAUACAGAAAGAGGUGAGCUGGCCAGUGGUCUGUGAUGGUGUCUGGAACCCAAACCCACAAGUAGAUCUUUGUUCAUGUGAGCAAUGCCCCCUAAAGUCAAUGGUACCUGAUCUCUGAAAAUGAGUAUUUGCUAAAUUAAGCCUCAUGUAUAUAUAGCAAGAUGUUUAAAUAUAUUGAUUUCUGUAUUUGUAAAUAGGAC